AGUAACGUGAUUGCUUCUUCGGAAGCAGAAACGUGUAAACGCUAUAAAACGCGGCGGCGCGGCGGGCAGCUCAGAGCGUGCGGCGAGACGGAGCCCUCCUCUUCUUCUUCCUCCGCCGUCGCCACCGCCCCGGACAGCCGCGCAGCGGGGCAGGGCGCAGGCCCCCAGCAGCGCAGCCUUCCGCUCCGCGCCCGCCCAGCCAGCCCCACCGACGGACUCGCGGCUCCGUGGCGGCCAUGGAGCACCGCGGCGCCUCCCCGCUCCUCCUGGCCCUCGCCCUCCUCAGCGCCCUCUGCUGGCGGGCGCGGGCGCUGCCCCCGCGGGGGGCCGCCUUCCCCCCCGUCCCGCGUCUGGGAAACAGAAUGCCAUUUGAUGGAGCCAGUGAACCUGACCAUGCCCACGGGUCAUUAAAGUCUGAAUCAGGCAUUUUGCAGAACACACUACCUGAAAAUGAGAAAUUCUAUUUUGAUCUGUCCAGAAUUAUUGAUAGAAAUGCAAGGCAUGCUGAUGGAAUUUUCACCAGUGUCUACAGCCAUCUUUUGGCUAAACUUGCUGUGAAGAGAUAUCUGCAUUCGCUUAUUAGAAAACGAGUUAGCUCCCAGGAGAGUCCUGUCAAACGCCACUCUGACGCUGUCUUCACUGACAACUACAGCCGCUUUCGAAAGCAAAUGGCUGUGAAGAAAUACUUAAACUCAGUUUUAACUGGAAAAAGAAGCCAGGAAGAGCUAAACCCUGCUAAACUUCGAGAUGAAGCAGAACUUCUUGAACCUUCCUUUUCAGAAAACUAUGAUGCUGUAGAUGAGCUGCUGAGCCACCUCCCACUGGACCUCUGAGGGACACCUGGUAAAGUCUAUGACAAGAACAAGCUAUUUUUGAGUUCCACAUAGUAUUUAAAAGAGAUGACUUUAGUCAUCAAACCAGAACAAAUAUGUUGUGAAGUGAAAGUUGUGAUAUAUUUGUUUCUUAUGUAAUAAAAGUUGAUAUUUACAUUGUAAAUACUACUCUAGAGUUCUCUACUGAAAGCUGUACAUAUGGAUGCCAGUUUAACUCAUGAGAAGUCUGUGAGUCCAUAUGCUGUAAAUCCUUUACUUCAAUAAAUUCAUUUGAAAAUGA